AUGGAAAAAGAAAAGUCAUCGAAAAGAUUGGACCUGCAAGGAAUACGUGGAAUCGCAAUAAUUGUAGUACUUGGAUUUCACUUUUUCCCGGAUACAUUCCCAAAUGGAUAUCUCGGAGUUGAUCAAUUCUUCGUUCAUCUAAAUUCCUUAUGACCAUGCUGCUCAAAAGAUCUGAAAAUCAAUCCGCUUUCUCUUUAACCGCUUUGUUUUAUCUCAAAAUGUUCAAGCAAAUUCUUCCAUUAUAUCUUCUAUGUGUUUCGUGUGUUUCCAUGUGUGUUUCCAUGAUUGCCUUAUACAAUAUCUUCCCGGAUACCGCUGUGGAAAGUAACAAGGACUCCGCCGUUCAAGCACUACUUUUUGUGUCAAAUAGACCGGCUACAGAGCAAGAAGAUUAUUUUUAAAUGCUCUCCGACGCAAUAGACAUUUUCACUCACACCUGGUCCUUGUCUGUGGAAAUUCAAUUCUACUUGCUUCAUUCCAUUCAUAUAUUUAAUUGCAUCUAAGCUCUCGAGAAAGUUUCAGUGCUUCUACUUCGUCGUUUUAGGAAUUUUCUCGUACUUAUUUCACUACAUAUCUCAACCAACAGUUGCUUUUAAUAGCGUUUUUGCCAUAGUUUGGCAAAUUUCAAUAGGAAUAAUAGUUUAUUUUCUAUCUCAUACGAAUACUCAUGUCCCGGGCAAAAUAUUAGAAAAUGACCAUGGAAAACGAUUCAGGUUGUGAACCCUUUUAUCCUAGCUUGGGAACUGCAAAAUGCAAAUCUAACUUCACUAGCUUCAAGGAGAGAAUUCGGGAUGAACAGCCUGACUAUGCGUUUAUAAUCACAAAGUUCUAAUACACAUUUCAAUUGGAGUGCCAAAAAACGCAACAAAUUUCGAUGACGACUCAAUCUAUCAGACGAUGAAAACCCAAGUGCUAGCAUUUAUCUCCAAUAUAAAGUAUAAGCUUUUCAAACUCAAUACCAAGUAUUCGAAGGGACAGUGUUUCACAAAUUGCGUCGUUGGUUAAACGGGGAAAGGAUACAGCUACCAUUGAUGUGGGGGAAUUCUAUUUAUUUUAUUUUAACUCUUUUUCACCGGUGUUUUACAACAAUGACACUGAAACUUAUCGAUAUUACGACGAAAAGGGAUUCAUAUAUUUGUCGUCUUUGAACCAUUUAACACCCUACGGAUUAGAGCAUGUCAGACAUGUUUGGACAGAAGUUUGUGCCAAGCUUUG